GUGAAAUCAGCUGUAAAAAUGAGUGGUAAGUCUAAACCCGCUGAGGAGGAAGUGGUCCCAAUUGAACCAUUCGCUCACCACUCGAGGCAACCCAUAUGCGGGACGAGGAGUAGAUACCGGUGUGGACGGCGGGGAACGGCUGUCAAAGUGAUGACCAUCAGCGACGAGUCCAAGUAUCUCCUCAUACAUGGCGUGCCGGACAUCAAAUGCGAUGUCAAAGAGGAGUUGCGAAGAGUGUGCGACCGGUUCGGCGCCAUUGACGGUCUCUUCGCCACCGAUUAUCCCACGAGCGAAGAGUUUACGAAAGUUUUUCUCAUUAAUUACAAGAACUUCGCGAACGCCGUGAAGGCGAAGAAGUCGUUAGACGACCGCGACUUCUUGGGAUCCGUUCUGCACGUGUGUUACGCACCGGAACGCGAGACCAUCGAUGAGACCAGAGAUAAGUUGCGCCAAAGAAGGAGAUAUGUGUCUAACGUGUUGACCAAAGGACAUCUGAAGACCACGAGAAGCGAACCAUUGGAUUGCCAUCGAGUGGCCGAUGAAUGUGGUGUCGAAUCGCCGGAAGUAGUGGUCGAGAAGGCGACUGAAGACAAGUUAAAGCGAAAAUACAGUGAAAUACCCGAAAAGUCUUCGCACGAAAGCCAAUCACCAGUGGAUCCGUCAUCGGAGCCAAAGCGUGCGAAACUGACGCCAAAGAUUCGGUGGCGGAAGUAGUGGACACUCAUUACCACAGAUAGAUAUACAGAAAAUUGUCUUUUAUUGUCAAACAAUGGUAGACAUGGAGGAUGUGAUUACAAAAUAGACCCAAACUCUGGAGGCAGACACUGGCGGCCAAGGCUUUCGCCAACUUCUUGUUAGCGCUGGACACUGAGGGCUGGUAUUCCACGCCUCCCAUAAUCACCUGCCAAUCAAAUCCAAUCAAUUAAUCCGAUGCCUCACCACCUCAUGAGCUCACGAGGAAUACUACAAUACCACCCAUACCUUGAACGUGAAGUUCUUGCGGUGCGCCGGACCCUCUUCGCUCACCUGCUCAUAGACCGGGACAGAGACCUUGCGUUUGGCGCACAUCUCGUACAGCAUCGACACCGGGUUCUUGACGCCACCGCCGGCGCCGCCAUCGGUGGCCCCCCUUUUGGACACCAACUGCGCCGGCAGAUUGCGCACCAGCUCCUCCUCGGCCACUAAACCCUUUUUAUCCAUUUUGAUGUCCAGCGCUAUCGGGUCGACCGGCCCCUCAUUAUUCUUACCCAACCCCUGGCCCGGACACCAACCCAUACGCAUCAGUAGAUGCAUACCGACCCCUCCCGUGAUGGGCGCCGCAGUCUUGAGCUGAUCCUAUGGUCCGA